AGGCACCUGCCGCAGCCGAGCCCCCCCAGCGCCGGGCCCCUUCGCGCCGGCUGGCCCCCGGGCGUCCGCCCGCAAGUGAAGAAUAUGAGACGAGGUGGUUGCUGAGUGAAGAAACUGUUGCCUCUGCUAUGGAGUCAGGUACCUGUGUAAUGCUCCCACUGGUUUCCUGCCUCCAUUCCCUGCAGCUCUGGACCGUCCUGCUUGUGGCCUUAGCAGUCUCUUCACAUGGCGUCUGGUCACUUCGUUCCCGGAGUCCCCUUGCUCCUCGGCCACUCUGUGCCCGUCGCAGCCCCUUAGCUGCCAGGCCUGUUUGCAUUUGGGACAAGAUCUCACAGUCAGAGAGAGACUCUCGCUUCAUCACACUGCGCCAGCGAUCUCUGAUGCCACGGGACGGGGAGCUGCGUCAUGUGAUGCGGCUGAGGCGUCAGGCCCCAGGGGCCCGGCCUGCCACCCCUUCUGGGUUUGAGGAGGGGCUGCCUUCAUCCCAGUACCCCUGGGCCAUUGUAUGGGGCCCCACAGUGUCAGAUGAGGAUGGAGGUGACCCCAACUCAGCCAAUCCAGGCUUCCCACCUCUGGGUUACACCUUUGUUUCACCACAUGGGAUGGCGACAUCACAACCCAACUCCCACUCACUGCUGCACAAUGCGGGGCUCAACCUGCGGGAGACCCCCGCCACACUGAGGCCCUUCUUGUUUGGGCCCCGGGGGGAAGGUGUGGAUCCUCAGCUGUAUGUUACUAUCACAAUCUCCAUCAUUAUUGUCCUAGUUGCCACUGGGAUAAUAUUCAAGUUCUGCUGGGACCGUAGUCAGAAGCGUCGUCGUCACUCUGGCCAGCGGAGUGGGGUGCAGCAGCAGGAAAGUCAGCAGCCACUCACAGACCUGUCGCCCACCACAGUCAGCAUCCUGGGACCCUACGGAGACACACUGAUCCCGACACCUGAGACGGAGGAGCCCAGGCAGGUCCAGGAGGGUGUAGAGAAACUGGGGGGCCAGGGGAAGAGCAGGACCUUCCAGCUCAACCGGAUCCCACUGGUAAAUCUGUGAGAGCAGCGGAGCUGGCUUCCACAACCCCUCUUGUCACAUCCAGGGAGUAUUCUGUUGCCUCUGCUACACCAGGAAUGAUUUGUUUGUGUCACAACUUUCCACCACUGUCAUUUACUUAACCAUCACAGGAUGUACUCAGGCAAUGGACAGACUAGACCUCACUGGUCCUAUGCUGCGGGGGAGAGAAAGCAUGGGGGUAACCCACAAGAUGGAGUGACAAAGGAGCGGGGGGCACAAGAGCAGUUGGUGUUGUGAAAUCUAAACCUCCUGACCCUCCCCCAACAUAUACACACGCACUUUGAUCUCUGAGGAUAACCCACCAGUGCAUGCCUAACAUGGGGGUAGGGGAGGUGGAGAUGCAGGGUCCUACCCCCAGUCCCAACCCCUCUGUUUGUUCCUUCCUGUGUCGUGUGCUUUGAAGUAUCUUUCAACUAGCUGGAGCUCCGUGGUUGCAGAAUUCCCAGCCUUAGGCAGGGAUUCCAAUGGAGUAGGGGGGUGUCUUCUGCUAAGGCCUUGACCUCUCCUGAGGGAUCCAGGUGCUGGCAGCAGCUAGUGGUGCGUGUUGGGAAGACCUCACUCAGCACCUGCCCCCCAUUCCCUGGAGGAACCUUGCCUCUCCCUCUGUCAGUUCUGUCUUUUUGUUUUCUCUUUCUCCCAAUGUUCCUCCUCCUCUCUCUGUCUCUUCCUCUAUCACCCGGUCAUCAUCAUCUUCUCUCUCUCACUGGGAAAGGCUGCAGAAUAGUUUCUGUGCUCACCCUGCUUCCAGGCACUCAGAUCUCUUUGACCCCACCUCACCAAGAUUUGGUCUCCACUCCAAGGUGAUGUUUUCAGAAAACUUGAGGCAAAAUCCUCUGGCCAUUUUGUAGUUCAGGAAGUAUGAAAAACAAGCCUGAGCAAGGUAACUGCCCUGCGUACAAUCCUGUACAAGUCUUUUAUAGGGCUACUGCAAAAGCAGUUGAAGCAUGACACAUGAAGAUGGAUAGCUGGGAACUGGGGCAUUGGCUAGGUGUUGGGUGGGGAAGUGGUUUGGAUUUAACAAAGGUCUGAUGAUGGUUUCAGCUGAGUCUUCUAUCAGGACCCAAGCAUCCCAAAUGGGGUGAGGAAAGGGCAGCGGAGGCAGUGAGGGACUGGCAAAGAAGGGACCCACCCUGUCCAUGUUGCAAAAGGGAGCAGUUCAGAGGCCAUAUAUGGGAAUGUUUUGAGGGUGCUAUAUACCAUUCAGUUAUUCCUGGACUGCCCCCAGCCUGUCAGACAGCACUUGUGAGAGAUGAAGAGAAGGACAGACAGAGGUGGGAUAUUCACAGGCAAUUAGGAUGAGGCCGAAUACCUAGGACACAAUGGCUAUGUCAUCACUGCCAGAAAAGGUGUGUUUGUACAAUCCUAGUGGACACAAAGCUCUGGAGUCUCUGUGACGAUGGAGCUAGUUGAGGUCAACUAUUGUUUGGGCGUAUAACAUUGACCUCAUCUACCUAUCUUGCAGUAAAUAGUGCCUGUGCCUUGUCCCCACUAGGAUUUUACAGUGAGCUAGCCACGAAAGCUCAUGCUCCAAUAUGUGUUAGUCUAUAAGGUGCCACAGGACUCUUUGCUGCUUUUGCAGAUCCAGACUAACACGGCUACACCUCUGAUACUUUUCUAGUAUAGAUGAGGCUUAAAUUUAGGUUAUCAAAUCUUCAAUCCAUUUACCUGAUGAGCUAGGGAUGACUGUUCUGCCUUCCCAUUUGCAGCAAGAAAUUACAUAAAACAUAUUUGUGGCACAUACUGCUAAUUCAGUGCAUGCUGAGUGUUUUAGAGAAUUUACAAGCUCUGCUGGCAAGAGGUGUGUUAGUAACUCAAGUGAAAUGUUUUUGGCAAAUAGUAAUUUCACCAAAAAUGCAUUUUUGGAGCAUGAAAAUGAUUUGCAAAUCCAGUUUGAAUUAAAUGAAUAAUUUUGACUAAAAAAAGAAAAAGUUUAACAAUUUUGAAAUGUUUUGGUUUGACUUUUCAAAAUGGCUUUUCAUUUUCAAAUUUGGCCAAUUUGAGAAGGGUGAAAACGUUCUGAAAAUGGCCAAAUAAAAAUGAAAUGCCCUACCCUCCCCACAAGUAUAUCAUUUUGAGUCAACUACAACAGUUUGGUCUAUGCAAAAUGACAUUUUUUUCAGAUUUUCAACUGGACUUUUUUUUUUUUUUUUUUUUUUUUUUUGGGUAGAUUGGCUUCAGUCUGACUUAAACUGAAUAUUUUUUCUGGUUUGGCCUCCCAAACUGAAAAAAUCUGUUUUUUGCUCACUUAUGUUUGUGAACUCUGCAAGCUCUCAGUAUACUGAUUUCCUUUAUUUAAAAGAAAAGAAACAAACCUAGGAAAUGAAAUGCAAAAACUUUGUGACUACAACGUUAAAUUGGCACAAAAAAUCAGUAAAUGCGGAAGAGAAGUCUCCUGUAGCAACAUUACCUCAAAUAUAUUGCACAUGUAAAAUGUUUUCUUAGUCUAAUUUUUCUAACUAAAUAUUUAGUUUAAUAUGCUACUGUUAGUAUCAUUCACUAUCUCACCUGAAACAUACAGGAUGUGCUAUACAAUCAAAUUAACUGUCCUGAACAAACUUUCUCUGCUGCAUUUUAGGACUUUAACUGAACAAUCAAAACGUGUUACCAAAACUUCUUGCAUUUGGUAAAUAAUCUCACUGAGCCUGAUUCUUCCCCGCCUGGAGCCUUAUGAAGUAACCAUUUCAGCUGUGUACACUGAGGCUGAAACACUCCCACAUCAAAUUGUGCACUUGCUCAUGCCCAGUUGGCACAGGUGUAAAUGACAAUACAAGGCUGGGAGAACCAGGCCUUCUGUCUCUCCGGAUCUAGCAGUUUUCCCCUUCCCCACAGAUGAGUUGAGUCCUGCAGUAGGAAGUCCUGACUGGACCCUGGCCUGCGCUCCAGAUCCCCUAGCACACAUCAGUCAAUGUUUCCUUGCAGGCUCAGCCCCGCCUCAGGCAGGCAGAGUCAGAGAGAUAGCAACAGGCCAGCUUCUUUCACUGCCUGCCAGUCCCCACUUCCUUGGCCUGCUGUUUUUCUUACCUAUCUUUUUCCCUCCUCCUACUCUCACUUCACGCUCCCACCCCACGCAUCUCUUGCCUCCUGCUGUUUCAGUCUCCCCCUUCUUUUCUUGUUCGCUCUCUCCUGCUCUGUCUUGUUCUGUUUCUUCCCCCACCCAUCUCUUUCUAUUCUUCCCUUUGUGUCUUCCCCCUUGACUUGCUCUUCCUCUCCCCCACCCCUGUGCGCUGUGAUAUAUAUUUUUGUAGGAUUAUCUUCUCCUUGUGGUGAAAUAUUCAGUUCUUGUGGGAUGUAAGUUUCAACAUUUUUAAAUAAACCUUUACAAAAUACUGAAAACAAAAUUGCUACAGCUGUGUAUGGUGUCACGGCAGGGAGCCCA